AUGUGCCAUCACGUUUCUCCAUCAAUGACCUCCUUAUAUCUAAGUGUCACAGUGGUGUUGUCAUCAUCUAUGUCUUGUUCUCCAUCUCAAUCUUCAACUGCCGUCUCCUACUCAUCAAUUUUACUUACCAUUGUUCAUAAUUCACCGUGCCCCAAUCACCGCCCUCGCUCGCUUCUAUCUUCCUGCAUCGCGGCUUCAACCUUCGCCUCACCUUCAAUUAGGUUCAUCAUUGUCUUGUUCGGUUUCAACCACUCCAUAGAGUCUCAAAACUUCGUCUCAAUUCCGGUUUACAGCGAGAUUUCACAAAUAGAAAACCAGAGAGGAGGCUCUAAUGCCAAGCACUUGUAA